AUGAUGAUGGAGUCCAGUAUCAACAGCGCAACAAUCUUACCACCCUACGAAGAAGAAUUCGAAACAGUUGAUAAUCUUCAUUGGUCUCCAGAAACAGCAAACAGCAUUUAUUUGUUUUUGAUACACCAGCUCCAAGCAUCGACUUUAACAUCAUUUAAUGGAAUUUCCCUACACGUUAAAAAGGAAAAUGAAGAACCAGGAAUAUGUUAUAAAGAUACCAUAUACACUAAAUAUAGUGUCAAUAAUAUAGAGUGUAGUCAGGUUAUAACUGGUCGUUAUAUUACUAUCAGUAAUUUUCAUCCUCAUCCACAUGCCAAAUAUUUAGUUUUUUGUGAAGUAGAGAUUUAUGAUAGAAAUUGUUCAGUAGAAACAUCACUAUGUAAUCAUAUCAGUGGUAGCUGUAUAGGUGGAUGUAAAGAAGGUUUUGGGGGAAUUGUCUGCGUUAAAAGAUGUGAAGAUGGUGUUUAUGGAGCAGGAUGUAGAAAGAAAUGUUCAGAUAGAAAAUGUAAAGAUAGUAAUUUACAAUGUGAGAGUAAAACAGGAGAAUGUAUUGAUGGAUGUCAAAUAGGAUACCAGUCGAUAGAUUGUACACAAGAAAAUGCAGACAAAAUCAUUAUAGCGGCCUGUGUUUCCGUUUGUGUUCUUCUAAUCAUCAUUCUAGUUGUUUUAGUUGUAAUGAUCAUCCGGUAA